UGUGCAAAGCUUCAGCUCACUCGGCUCUAUGAUUCAUUAUGGAGCUUGGCAGGCAGUUUAUUGCAGCAGCCAAAUAAGAGAUUGAGCAGGCGGCUGGCGGUUUGGAUGAUUUCACCAGCAAUUUGUGCUGUUUGUGGGGGAUUCCGGGGGCUGAGAGGACAGAGACCUAUUGGGCACGACCCAGAGAAAUAAAGUCAUUCUGAGGUUUUACUGAGAUUUUUCCUUUCUUGGAUAAUGUGCCUGAGUGUCAGUCAGAUUCCUGCGGCCCGAGAGCUUGUAACGUGAGACUGCUGUCAGGCGGAGAGACCUCUGUCUUACACUGAGACCCUCUGUUCUGGACUGAGACCCUCUGUGCCUGUCUGGGACCCUCUGUGCUGGACUGGGAGCCUCUGUGUUGGACCGGAACCCUCUGUUGUGGACUGGGACCCUCUGUGCUAGACUGGGACCCUCUGUACCAGUCUGAGACCCUCUGUGCUGGACUGGGACCCUCUGGCUUAGCCUAGGUAUGUCUUUGGGAGACAGAGCACCUCAAGCUUGGCCUGGGCCCCUCUGUAGGAGACUGAGCACCUGGGGGUGAGGUUACUUUACGUUUAGACCCCACUGAGACAUUUAUUCAGCUUGAAACCAUGAGAUUGGGCUUCGAGUCUCAUUCUACCAAUUCUUCCCACUGAGGGAACAGACCACCUGCACCUGGGCCAUGAAGGGGGACGGAGGUGCCCUGUGGAAUCUGAUGUGGAAAUACUGUAUUUCUGUCCGGACAAUCAGUGUUGAGGGGGACGUUCCAGGGAAUGAGAGCGGCUCACUAGACGGCACAUCGAGUUACCACCAAGGGGCAAUUACUCACAGUUCAUCUCUAAGUCCAGAUCAGUACGAUCACCCCCCGUACGGCAUUUACCCUGUGACUCCCGGCCAGAGAUCCCGCCGGCCCAAACUACAACACUCCACCUCUAUACUGCGCAAACAGGCCGAGGAGGACGCCAUCAAACGGUCCCGGUCACUAUCAGAGAGCUAUGAGUUGUCUUCUGAUCUGCAGGACAAGCAGGUGGAAAUGCUUGAGCGCAAAUAUGGAGGCCGUCUCGUAAGCAGACAUGCAGCGCGCACCAUACAGACCGCAUUCCGCCAGUAUCAGAUGAACAAGAACUUUGAGCGGCUCAGAAGUUCCAUGUCGGAGAAUCGCAUGUCCCGGCGCAUCGUUCUGUCCAACAUGAGGAUGCAGUUUUCCUUUGAAGGACCAGAGAAAGUCCACAGCUCGUACUUUGAGGGUAAACAGGUUUCCAUGAGCAACGACGGCACAAAAAUGGGGCGUCUGGUUCAGUCUGAAUGUGGAGAUCGAGGGGAGCAAACAUCUAUGAAAUCUCCAGCGGCAUCCAGCGACUUUGCUGACGCCAUUACUGAGCUGGAGGACGCCUUCUCCCGGCAGGUCAAGUCCCUCGCCGAGUCCAUAGACGACGCGCUCAAUUGCCGCAGCCUCCACACGGACGAGGCCCAAUCAGCCGAUCCGAUCAGGGGGCGGGAAAUAGAGAGGAGCGGUUCCGGGCAGAUGAAAGCAGCACAUAAUGUGGAUCACAGGAAACUGGACGAAAUGACGGCGUCCUACAGUGAUGUCACUUUGUACAUUGAUGAGGAAGAACUGUCUCCUCCUCUUCCUCUCUCACAGUCCGUAGACAGAACCUCUAGCACAGAUUCCGAACUGAGACUCAGGUCUAUGAACUCUCAAGAGUACUGGUCCAUGACGCACAAGGAUGAUAAGUUGGACACGGACACCAGUUGCAGGAGCACCCCGUCUCUGGAUUGCCAAGACCACCGGUCACGGAUAGACCACCUACCUUUACUCACCAUCGAGCCUCCCAGCGACAGUUCCGUGGAUCUCAGCGAUCGUUCCGAACGAGGGUCCGUUAAAAGACAAAACGUGUAUGAAAGAGGGAUCCCCAAUCAGCAGGGGAGUCCCAAACACAUCCCCCAUAUCCCCACUAAGAUUAUACCCCGAGACGAGGAACAGCCCCGCCACAGGCCCCGGCCCAUAGACGCCCAGUUGAUUAUUAACGGCACCGUCAAUCGACAGAGUAAGUCUGAGUCGGAUUAUUCCGACGGGGACAAUGACAGUAUCAAUAGCACUUCCAACUCCAACGACACCAUCAACUGCAGCUCCGAGUCGUCUCGGGACAGUCUCCGGGAACAGACACUCAGCAAACAGACUUACCACAAGGAGACGCGCAACAGCUGGGACUCGCCUGCGUUCAGCAAUGAUGUCAUCAGGAAACGCCACUAUCGGAUUGGCUUAAAUCUCUUCAACAAGAAGCCGGAGAAGGGGGUCCAGUACCUGAUAGAGAGGGGCUUCGUGCCGGACACACCCGUCGGGGUCGCACAUUUCCUCCUGCAGAGAAAGGGACUGAGCCGACAGAUGAUCGGAGAAUUUCUGGGUAAUCGGCAGAAACAAUUCAACAGGGACGUCCUGGACUGCGUGGUGGAUGAAAUGGACUUUUCCGUGAUGGAACUCGAUGAAGCUCUCAGAAAAUUUCAGGCUCAUAUUCGGGUACAGGGAGAGGCCCAGAAGGUGGAACGUUUAAUUGAAGGCUUUAGCCAACGAUACUGUAUGUGUAACCCCGGGGUGGUCAGACAAUUCCGGAACCCCGACACCAUCUUCAUCUUAGCGUUCGCCAUCAUCCUCCUCAAUACGGACAUGUACAGCCCCAACGUCAAACCCGAGCGCAAGAUGAAAUUAGAGGAUUUUGUGAAAAACUUACGAGGGGUGGAUGAUGGGGAGGACAUCCCGCGGGAAACUCUGGUUGGGAUUUACGAGCGGAUCCGCAAGCGGGAGCUGAAGACAAACGAGGAUCACGUGUCGCAGGUGCAGAAAGUGGAAAAACUGAUCGUUGGGAAGAAGCCGAUCGGAUCCUUGCACCAUGGACUGGGCUGUGUUCUCUCGUUACCUCACCGCAGGCUCGUCUGUUACUGUCGACUUUUCGAGGUUCCAGAUCCAAAUAAACCCCAGAAACUGGGUCUGCACCAGCGGGAAAUCUUCCUGUUUAAUGACCUGCUUGUGGUCACAAAGAUUUUCCAGAAGAAGAAAAAUUCUGUGACUUACAGUUUCCGGCAGUCGUUUUCCCUUUAUGGAAUGCAAGUUCUUCUGUUUGAGAAUCAAUAUUACCCUAACGGCAUUCGUCUCACCUCGGCCAUCCCUGGUGCAGACAUUAAGGUUCUCAUCAACUUCAACGCCCCAAAUCCUCAGGAUCGAAAGAAAUUCACGGAUGAUUUGCGAGAGUCCAUAGCUGAGGUUCAAGAGAUGGAAAAGUACAGAAUAGAGUGUAAGUACAAAGCGGAGUUAGAAAAGCAAAAGGGAGUGGUGCGGCCCAGCAUGUCCCAGAGCUCCAGCCUGAAGAAGGAGUCCGGUAACAGCGCUCUGAACAGGGCGUGUCUAGACGACAGCUACGCCUCAGGGGAGGGGCUAAAACGCAGCGCUCUAAGCAGCUCUCUCAGGGACCUCUCGGAAGCAGUCUUUGAUCUCUUGUUUGGAAACAGCCCUUUGCAUCCAAGCAAGCGUGGGAGACGCAGCAGUGCAGGAUCGCUAGACAGCAAUAUGGAAGGGUCCAUCAUUAGCAGCCCUCACAUACGCCGACGAACCCCAUCUACACGGGAGUGCCCAUCUCGCCAGAGCAUGCCUAGCUCUUCCUCCUCCCUCUUAGGCUCUUUGUUUGGCACAAAACGGGGCAAACCUUCUUCUUCGUCCCAAGGCCACUUGGCUUCCAGCGCAUCCCAGUCGCAGCACCCGACUCUGAUCUCCCAUCAACGUCACUCAACGGGGGAACUGGUAGGGCCGUCUGAAGGCCAAACCCAGGCACAAGUACACGCUCAGCACUCCCAGUAUUGUCACAUACAGCAAAACCCUCCUCCCUACCAUCAUCAUCAUCACUAUCUGCCCCCUCAGCACCUUCAGCAGCACCAGUACCACCCCGUGGCACAGCACACCCCCUAUAUGCAACAUGCACAACAUUCCCACUCUUCCCACCCACCCCUCCCUCCCUCUGCACAUUCCCAGCAUGCACAGCACCACCACAGCCAGCAGGCCUCCUCCUCAUCUGUAAGCACCAAACCAAAACACAGCGGGAUCAGUACAAUAGUCUAGCGCUCCAGGCCCACAAUGCAUUGCUACUGGCGGAAUAGGGUUCUGUCUCACUAAUGCGUUAACGUUGAUGUAGUUCUGUUAUUUAAUGGGAGACGUUAAUGCAGGGUUGGGCAGCGGGGCCCAUGGAACCUACGUAGAUAAAAGUACAACGAACAUAUUAUACCGUUUAACAAUUCUAGAUAAAUGAUGUGGCCCUGCAUUUAUGCUAUGAGUAAGUGUCAUGUUUUAGGGGGCGGGAAACAAAUCUUAUUUAUUGCUUGAUAACUGAGUAACUGUAACAAAUAGACCAACUGCAUUGUCGCUUUGUAACUCCUAUACAACCCCCCGAGUUCUGCUUUGCUUUCUGGAGCUGCUAGGGUUAAUCAGAGGUUCUCUAACGAGCCAGCGUGCGGGUAAUUAGCUAGAAUUUAGCAUCUGGGAUGAUUCUACUUGAACCUGAAAUCCUUUUGUUCUGACUUCGAGCAAUUGUAGCAAUAUGGGGCGGAGCUGGACGGACUGCACUGCUGUUGUUGCACUUAAUCCAUGAACAAAUGUGCCAAUCACUCACUCACACUCACUCCCUCACUCACUCUGCUUCACUCACACUCCCCCUCUCUGAAUAUGAUAUUGGAUCAAUAAUCGCCACCCAUGUGACUCCGUAGUCCUGGCGGUUUGAUGAUAAAAACAAUAAAUUUAGGACACUGUAAAGGCUCCGAGAACUGUGAAUUUUCAGGAUGUGAUUUUUUUUUGAAUAGAAACAUCCACUUUGUAUAGAAAUAACCCGGAAUUGUUUCACGUCAGCGUCUGUCAAGGGCAAGUAAACCCGCUUUGUGUCACUGUAACCCUUUCCUCUCCCCAGUGUCGCACCUUUUAUAGCAGAGAUUGUAUUUUACAACUUUUUUUAGGCUUUAUUUCCCCUUUGUCUUCUGUUAAUUGGCGAGUGUGCCCCCCCCCCCACGUCCCCCCAUUGCUUGCGUUGCCUGUAACGGAUUCUAAUCUGUCAUGCUGAUGCGAGACCCUGGCCUGCAGAGCUUACAAUCUAAGUUUGGUGCCUCAUGACACGACUGCUUCAGGAUCGUUAGCACUGUGAUUAAAUAUUUAAAUAUUUUUUCUUGCAAAAAUCUCAAUUCUAAAAUGAAAAAAGACUUUUUAGUGGACUAAAUAGCGAUUUUGUGGCACGGGGCUUUAGGAGACGCCGAGCUAUAACUCCCGGGAGGCCCUGGGAGUUGUAAUUCCGUGAUCGCUGGGAGGACUGAGCGUUGCUGAACUAAAAGCAGCAGAUUGAACCUGAGCACUUGUUAUUUUCAUGCUGCUGCUGCCGCCGGAGCAAACGCUUUCCUUCAGAAACUCAGCAGAAAUGGGGAUUUACAGAAAUAUUUUUCUAAUUCUCACUCACAUUAUUCUGUAACUACACGAGCCCCCCGGUGCCCCUUAUUGUUUGGACUUACAGCGUAGGUAGGGGGCGCUGUAGUGAGGAGAGGGACUGUACUGCAUGCCCUAUGCUAUUCCCACACUCACUAUUGUAUAUUACAGAAUAUAUCAGUAUUAUUGGUCAUUAUAGUAACCACUUAUAACCUAUUUACUCUGUAGCUUCACUUACCUCUGUACUAGACCUGCACUUACCUGUAGCCUGCGCCUCUUUCCAGGGAAGAUUAACGGCACAUCCGAAUGGUUAACCCUCAUUGCUCUGCCACUGUAUAAAUAUAUAAAUAUAUCUAUAUACACACGGUGUGUCUCACAGGAGCGCCAGCCGGAAGACUUCUCUCUAAUUACAAUCCUGCAGCAAUCACUAUGGCAGCUCCUAUAUCCAUGUCUAUUUAUAUAUGCAGAGAAUGAAUCACUCAUUCACCCUCUCUUUAGGGAAUCCCAUAACCUGACUGUCCUUACAGUAAAGAACCCCCUUCCUAUGCUGAUGGUGAGAUCUCCUUU